UGAACGCUGCCAUUAGUUGUCUGAUCGCACAGUAAGAUCCUUGAACAGGUGAAGUGAGAGGAAUUUCUCAAAAUUGAUUCUUUCGAACGUAGAGCAAACGGCAUCGUCCUCGGAAAUCAAACGAAAGGACCAUCACGAGAAGUGCAAUACAUAUAGUUAUCUUUUAUUUCUAGAAUUUGGCUUCGAUUUAAGAGCGUGAAAAUAAAAAGUGAGCGUUAUUUUGUGAAAAAUCUUCCUCGACUUAAACCUUGGAAGAACUUUUUACUCAGGACAAAUCUGACUGAAAGAAUAGACAAGACACGAUCAAAAUGCCAAUUGACAUCAAACGUGAGGAGUUUCGCAAAUAUUUAGAGAGAUCCGGUGUCAUGGAAGGCUUAACAAAGGUGCUGGUAAUGCUUUACGAGGAGCCAGAAAAGCCUGCUGAUGCUCUAGAAUAUGUGCGUAAACAUGUAGGAGGUAUCAUGGAAGAUACUUCAGAGGUUGAUCUUUUAAAGAAAGAAUUGGACGAAGCUAAAGCUAAAAUCGCAGAAUUAAAAUCAAAAUUGAUAAAGUAUGAAACAGAGGAAACCACAACAGAGUAAGCAAGAUGGAUGUCACAUGAUCAACCAUAGUUCAUGCUAGUCUCAGCUAUACUGAUUUUUAAAAAAAAUCAGCCUGACAAUGUGCCUUAUUAUAAUGAAAAACGUUUAAGAAGGUUAGAAUAUAAGACAAAUUACCAAACAUUUGUGUAAUCAUUCCAUUCACUAUAUACACACAUACACACAUAUUCACACACACAUAUACACAGAUUUGUUUAUUCACAUUUUCCAUUUAAGAGAUAAGCUUUAGUCCUUAGUCUUCUUAGAAAAUUGUUCUGUAAAGCGAAAUUUAUUGUAUAAGAUCUACUUAAUACACACUUCUGUAUUGUUUGUACAGAGUAGAGAUCUCAAAGUUCAAAUAAAUACUUCUUUUACGUUUAUUAUAAUAUUUAGAUAUAUUUUUAAUAAGUAUCUUUAUCAUUACAUUUAAUAAUGUUCGUAUCUUAAGCGUCGAGACAUUUCCUUUUUA